GCAAAGUGUCCAAUUUACGCACAGAUCCGACAUGUCAUCGUCCGGUAAAGACAACAGCGGUGCCCAACACGCCAAUUACGUGGGACCUUACCGUUUGGAGAAGACACUCGGGAAGGGACAGACAGGGUUGGUCAAGCUCGGAGUCCACUGUGUAACAUGCCAGAAAGUCGCCAUAAAGAUCGUCAACCGGGAGAAACUCAGCGAGUCAGUACUAAUGAAGGUGGAGCGAGAAAUAGCGAUCCUGAAGCUCAUAGAACACCCGCACGUUUUAAAGCUACACGACGUCUACGAAAAUAAAAAAUACUUGUACCUGGUGCUAGAACACGUCUCCGGUGGCGAGCUGUUUGACUACCUGGUGAAGAAGGGCAGGUUAACGCCAAAAGAGGCCAGAAAGUUCUUCAGACAGAUCAUGUCAGCCCUGGAUUUCUGCCACAGUCAUUCCAUAUGCCACAGGGAUCUAAAGCCAGAGAACCUCCUGCUAGACGAGAAGAACAACAUCAGGAUAGCAGACUUCGGCAUGGCCUCCCUUCAGGUCGGAGACAGUCUUUUGGAAACCAGCUGUGGAUCUCCACACUACGCGUGUCCAGAGGUCAUCCGGGGAGAAAAGUAUGACGGGAGGAAAGCGGACGUCUGGAGCUGUGGGGUCAUCCUGUUCGCCCUGCUGGUGGGCGCCCUGCCGUUCGACGACGACAACUUAAGGAACCUGCUGGAGAAGGUGAAGCUGGGAGUGUUUCACAUGCCUCACUUCAUCCCGCCAGACUGUCAGAACCUUCUCCGUGGCAUGAUCGAAGUGGACGCCUCCAAAAGACUAACGUUAGAACAGAUCCAGAAGCACACAUGGUACAUAGGGGGGAAAAACGAGCCCGAGCCGGAGCAGCCCGUCCCCAGGAAGGUGACCAUCCGCAGCCUGCCGUCCGCCGACGACAUCGACCCGGACGUCCUGGACAGCAUGCACUCCCUGGGCUGCUUCCGAGACAAGAACAAGCUGCUGAAAGACCUGCUGUCAGACGAUGACAACCAGGAGAAGAUGAUCUACUUCCUCUUACUGGACCGUAAGGAGCGGUACCCCAGUCAGGAGGACCAGAACCUCCCCCCUCGCAACGAGAUCGAUCCGCCCAGGAAGCGUGUGGACUCCCCCAUGUUGAACCGUCACGGCAAGAGGAGACCCGAGAGGAAGUCCAUGGAGGUGCUGAGCGUCACGGACGGCGGCUCGCCUGUGCCGGCCCGGAGAGCCAUCGACAUGACGCAGCACGGACAGAGGUCGCGGUCUAUUAGUGGAGCCUCCUCCGGCCUUUCCACCAGCCCCCUCAGCAGCCCCCGGGUCACCCCUCAUCCCUCCCCUCGAGGUAGUCCCCUCCCCACCCCAAAGGGAACCCCAGUGCACACUCCCAAGGACAGCCCGUCCGGCACUCCCACCCCGACGCCGCCGCCGAGCCCGUCCAUCGGAGGCAUGCCGUGGAGGACGCGCCUCAACUCCAUCAAGAACAGCUUCCUGGGCUCGCCACGCUUCCACCGCAGGAAACUGCAAGUUCCAACGCAAGAAGAGAUGUCCAGCCUCACGCCAGAGUCUUCCCCAGAACUUGCCAAAAAAUCCUGGUUUGGUAAUUUCAUCAACCUGGAAAAAGAGGAGCAGAUCUUCAUCGUGAUCAAAGACAAGCCUCUCAGCUCCAUCAAGGCAGACAUCGUUCAGGCCUUUCUCUCGAUUCCCAGCCUGAGCCACAGCGUGAUCUCUCAGACCAGUUUCCGAGCGGAGUACAAGUCCACGGCCGGCCCCACAGUCUUCCAGAAGCCGGUGAAGUUUCAGGUGGAUAUCACCUACACGGAGAGCACGGCCGCCACCAAGGAGAACGGCAUCUACUCCGUCACUUUCACCCUGCUCUCAGGACCCAGCCGGCGCUUCAAGCGAGUAGUGGAGACGAUUCAGAGCCAGUUGUUAAGCACACACGACCAGCCCGGAGUCCAGCAGCUUUCUGACGAGAAGAACGGACAGGUGGCGUUCCCGUGUGGCACGCCCUCCAAGUACUGCCCCUCGCCCGUGCACGUCCGGAGGCACGAGCUCGACGGUAACGACGUCAGAUUCCCCGCCGCAGGCCGAGACCGCCCCAAGCUGGCGGUGGCGCCCGUGGGGACGCCGGAGGAGUCUUAGGCCUCCGGAGGAAGAAAGUGUUUUAUCUGUACAUAGCUAGAUGUA